CUCUCUCCUCCGUCAGUCUCCCCUUUCUCUCUCUCCUCGCUACCCCCAAAGCAGCAGCGGCAGCAGCAACAGGGCAGCAGCCGCUGCAGCAAGCUCGAAGCAGCAGUCAGCGAGAGCCAAUUCCCCAAAUCACCCCUCCCAAAUGCGAGUCCUCGCCUGAGGAAGGCCCUCCUGACCCCUUCGUGCUCCCCGCCGCCGCUGCCAUGUCGCCGCCGGCGGUGGAGACGCCGGAGUGGCUGCGCAACCUGCCCGUGGCGCCGGAGUACCGCCCCACCGCCGCCGAGUUCGCGGACCCCAUCGCCUACAUCCUCAAGAUCGAGGCUGAGGCCUCCCGCUACGGCAUCUGCAAGAUCGUGCCCCCGCUCGCGGCGCCGCCGCGGGAGGCCACGGUCGAGCGCCUCAGGGCCUCCUUCGCCGCCAAUGCGGCCGCCGGCAGCGGCAUCGACGGCGCGGCCCCCGCGCCUACCUUCCCGACGCGGCUCCAGCAGGUGGGUUUUUCCACCAAGAAUCGCCGCCCCGCGAGUCGCCGCGUCUGGGAGAGCGGCGAGCGCUACACGCUGGAGGCCUUCCGCGCCAAGGCACGCGACAUCGACCUCCCAAGGCACGCGGUGCCGCCCAAGCACGCGUCGCAGCUCCAGCUGGAGGCGCUUUUCUGGGGCGCCUGCGCCGCUAGGCCGUUCAACGUCGAGUACGGCAACGACAUGCCGGGCUCCGGAUUCGCGGCGCCGGAGGAGCUAGAGCUGGACCUGGAGGGCGGCGGCGGCGGCAAUGCGUCCCUGGCGGCAAGGGACGUCGGGGAGACGGAGUGGAACAUGCGGCUGGCCCCCCGCGCGCGGGGCUCGCUGCUGCGGGCGAUGGGACGGGACGUGGCCGGCGUGACAACGCCGAUGCUGUACGUGGCGAUGCUCUACAGCUGGUUCGCCUGGCACGUGGAGGACCACGAGCUGCACAGCCUCAACUACCUCCACUUCGGCAAGCCCAAGACCUGGUACGGCGUGCCCCGCGACGCCAUGCUCGCCUUCGAGGACGCCGUCCGCGUGCACGGCUACGCCGACGAACUCAACGCCAUCAUGGCCUUUCAAACACUAAAUGAGAAGACAACUGUCUUGUCUCCUGAAGUGCUUCUUUCUGCUGGAGUUCCUUGCUGCAGAUUGGUACAAAACCCUGGUGAAUUUAUUAUCACAUUCCCUGGAGCUUAUCAUUCCGGUUUUAGCCAUGGAUUUAAUUGUGGAGAAGCAACAAAUAUUGCAACACCUCACUGGUUGCAAGUAGCUAAGGAAGCUGCGGUCAGGAGGGCUUCCACUAAUUGUGGCCCACUGGUGUCUCAUUAUCAGCUGCUUUACGAGUUAGCACUAUCAUUACGUCCAAGGGAGCUUAAGAAUUCUAAUGAUGUGCCAAGAAGCUCUCGUCUAAGGGACAAGAAGAAGAACGAAAGUGAAAUAAUGAUCAAAGAAACAUUUGUUGGAAGUGUGAUCGAAAACAACAAUUUUCUUAGCAUCCUUCUUGAUAAGAGUUCAUGUGUAAUUAUCCCGGAGAUUGAAUUUCCCCUUCCAUCCAUUCCUACAAUGAUGGUACCUGAAGUCACUGUUAAGCAAGCGUUCAUUGCUGGUCCCUGUAGUAAUAGCCAGAAAAAAGAUGAAGAUAUGUUUGCUAGUGCAACCACAUCCUCUUUGUGUAAUGGAAGAAAGCUCUAUGAAACGAAAUUUGGAACAGUUAAUAGUAGUGCUUUCUUAUUAAAUCCGGAGGUUCAGAGUGGAGUGAUUGAAAAAGGUAGAUCACAUCAAGGAGGUGGGCUCUUAGAUCAAGGGCGGCUGCCAUGUGUUCAAUGUGGCAUAUUAAGCUAUGCAUGUGUAGCCAUCAUUCAACCUAAAGAAGCAGCAGUCCAUGUCAUUUCUCAGGAGUGCAUGUCAUCAAGUGCGAAACAUGGAGAAAUUAUAAAAUCAGAUGAUACCUCAAAUUGGAUAACGAUCGUUCCUCCACAAGGACAUUCUUCUGAAACAGAUGAUUGUACGAUACCCAAUGUGAGUUCAGCCCACGUUUCUGAUCGGUGUAGACAGCUGUACACCAGCAGCACCCAUGGAGGCACUUCUGCUCUUGGGCUUUUGGCUUCUGCUUAUGACUCAUCAGAUUCUGAUGAAGAAGCAGAAACGCCCAAUGAAAUAGCAAACAUUACUGCAAACAAUGGUGCAGAAAAUGUAGUCACAAAUAUUCAGUCUUCAGGAACAUCAAUUCAGCAUCAAAAUACAAAUUUGCACUUGUCUGAAGAGGAAUGUGAUCCCACAGCAACACUAUCUCUGUUGAAACCAGUAGACAAUAGGAGUAUUGCUAUGACUCAGGCUAGUAUAGGAACAGAUAUGACCCGUCCUGCAGACCUUGGAGAGUCACUAAUUGCCAAUGAGCAGUGGUCUGCGUAUGUUGAUUUGGAUGAUGAUCCAAAUGCGUCAGGUGCAAAAACCUCUUUAAAUACUAGUUUUAGCAGAGCUAAAGGUGCAAUGGAACCAGAUGCCUUGACUUUGCUGAAGUACAGCAAAGAUUCUUGCAGAAUGCAUGUGUUUUGUCUAGAACAUGCUUUGGAGACUUGGACACAACUUCAACAAAUUGGUGGCGCUAAUAUCAUGCUUUUGUGCCAUCCAGAAUACCCUAGAGCAGAGUCGGCAGCAAAAGUUAUAGCAGAAGAACUUGGUAUGAAGCAUGCUUGGAAAGAUAUCACUUUCAAAAAAGCAACAGAUGAAGACAUUGGAAGAAUUCGAAUGGCUCUGCAUGAUGAAGAUGCUGAACCUACAAGCAGUGACUGGGCAGUAAAAAUGGGUAUCAACAUAUAUUACAGUGCCAAACAGAGCAAAUCUCCACUUUACAGCAAGCAAGUACCAUACAAUUCCAUCAUUUAUAAGGCAUUUGCCCAGGAAAAUCCAGACGGAGAUGAGGAACGACAGCGAUUGCGCACUACAAAGAAAAAGGUGGCUGGAUCGUGGUGCGGAAAAGUUUGGAUGUCAAACCAAGUUCACCCCCUUUUGGCUUGUGAGCGAGAAGAAGAGGAUCUUGACAUGGUUUGCAGCAAAGCGAUGGUCCCUGUUAGUUCCUAUGACAGAAUACAAGAAGAAUCAUCAACAAGAUCCACCAGCCUGAUCAACCGAAGCCUAUCUAAAAGAAUAUCCAGAAGAAAAGAGUUGGAUUCUGUUGAGAAAUCUAGGGCCAAAAAGAAGAGAUACACUACUUCUGAUGUAGCUACUUUUGACCAGCCUAGAAAUUGUGAUGAUCAUGAGAAACAUGAAGAUGGAGAUGAAAGUGAAAGUGUGGAUGCACAGAACACUCAGCAACAUCAACAAUAUGAAUCACAAAAGAUCAACAAGAAAUCAAGUGCUAAAAGACGAAAAGAUGAUAAAAGAAACAACAACUUUUAUGAGCGACACAAUUACCAUGAUGAUAUUGAUUACAAGCUUGGUUUAGACUGGGAUAACACUCCGCCACAAGGGCUUGAUAUUGUAGAAGUGAAAUCUGGUGCUCAACUGCAACGUAGUAAGAAAAAAUCUGGCAAGUGCAAGGCAAAUGAUGAUUUAUCAAAUGUAGAAAAGAAAUUGCAAAAGAUGGGCAAGAAAGUAAGUACAAAGAAGCACAAGAAUGAUAAGACAAAUCAGCAGUUUCAAGGAAAUCACAACGAAGAUAACAAUGUGAAUUUGCUUCAUGAAGGUAAUGGAGAUGAAGCUACACAAGAAAGCUGGGAUGAAAUUCCAAAACAGAAAACAGAUGAUGUGAAAGUAAAAUCUAGAGGCAAAAUGCAUAGUGGUAAGAAAAAGGCCAGCAAAUGCCAGACAAGUGAUGGUUUGGACAAUGUGGAUUUGCUUCAUGAAGAUAAUGGAUAUGAAGCCACACAAGAAAGCUGGGAUGAAGUUCCAAAACAGAAAACAGAUGAUGUGAGAGUAAAAUCUAGAGGCAAAAUGCAUAGUGGUAAGAAAAAGGCCAGCAAAUGCCAGAUAAGUGAUGGUUUGGACAAUGGAGAUAAUGAAGCCAAAUUUUCUUGUGACACAGCAUUGUGCUAUAGAGACAAAGCCACAAUAGAUGACUGGGAAGAAAUUCCAAAAGAAAAGGCUGAUGAUGUGAAAGUGAAAUCCAAUAUGCAAAGUGGUAAGAAAAAAACCAGUAAACGUCCAGCAAGUGAUGGUUUGCGCAAUGGAGAUAAAGGAGCAAAGUUUACUUGUGAUAUAGAAGGGUGUGAUAUGAGCUUCAGCACCCAGCAGGACUUGGCGUUACAUAAGCGAGACAUUUGUCCUGUAAAAGGAUGCAAGAAGAAGUUCUUCUGCCAUAAAUAUUUGCUUCAGCACCGCAAAGUGCACCUGGAUGAUAGGCCGCUCAUGUGUUCAUUCACGGGCUGCAAGAAGACAUUCAAGUGGCCAUGGGCGAGGACAGAGCACAUGAGGGUGCAUACAGGGGUGCGACCAUAUGCAUGCACAGAACCUGGCUGCACUCAGACAUUUCGGUUUGUAUCGGAUUUCAGUCGUCACAAGAGGAAGACUGGUCAUUCCAGCGAUAAGAAAAAGAAGAACAGUACAUAACUUCUAACUGCUUAUGUACAAGUACAGGUUUCUUCUCUGACGGCGAUUUGAAGGGGAUGCUAAUCAAAUAAUUGCAUCAAAUUGCAUUGAUUGUGGAAUUAGUUCGCAUUAGGAGUCUAAUUCAUUUCAUUGUUUACUGCCUCUGCAUAACAGCUGAUUUUCUGUCACUUUAGGUUCAACUGACCUGAUGUUGACUGGGAUUAUUCCAUGUCAAUUGUAUUGUUCUUUAGUUCAUCCUGAGAAAUCGGGAAGUUUCUGUUGUCAACAAGGUUAAAUUAGUGUACUUCUGUGGUUCGAAGGCAUGUUAAUCUGUGAUUAAUUUCUCUUUCUGAAUAACAAAUGGCAAACCAGGGGUUAAGAAUUAUUUGCA